AUGGGCACCGUCUUCAGCCUAUACCAGCAGUCAUUCCCUCCCAAGCCACGGUGGUUGGUAAAGGAUAUUCCGGACCAAACAGGAAAGGUUGUCCUCAUCACAGGAGGCAACACGGGACUAGGGCUCGAGACGGCAAAAGCCCUCAUCGCAAAGAACGCGAAGGUCUACAUCACGAGCCGGGAUGAACAGCGUGGGUCGGACGCGAUAGAUGAGCUGAAGCGGACGUCAAACAAUGCGGAGGUGUUUUUGAUUCAGUGUGAUCUCUCUGACCUUCGGUCAGUCAAGGCGGCGGCGGAGAACUUCCUCAGCAAAGAGACGCAGCUCCACAUACUGUUCAACAAUGCCGGUAUCAUGUUUCCCCCGAUGAGCGAAUUGACGAAGCAAGGACAAGACCUGCAAUUCGGGGUGAACGUGAUCGGCCACUACUACCUCACCAAACUGCUCCUGCCAGCCAUGCUCGCGACGGUGUCCAAUGAGACAGGCGGCAAGGCGCGCGUCGUGAAUACGAGCUCGUCAGCAAUGCUGCUGGCGCCCUCUGGAGGUAUCAACUACGACACGCUCGUCGAUGGACCCGCGCGACGGAAGUUCGAUAACGUCAAGCUGUAUCAACAGGCCAAGGCGGGCACUGUGAUAUUCUCUACCGAACUCGCGAGACGUUACGGCGACCGUGGAAUCGUGUCGAUAUCGUUGAAUCCUGGUAAUAUCCGCACUGGUAUCCAACGUUACGUCGUCGGCCUGCAGGCGAAGAUUCUGGACUUCGUCCUCUAUGACAAGGCGGUCGGAGUGCUCACACAGCUCUUCGCCGGAACAGCCCCGGAGGCCGAAGACUUGAACGGAAAGUAUCUCAUCCCAUUCGCGCGGGUCGGUUCAGCGCGGAAGGAUUUGUUGGAUGCGUCCGCUGGGGUGAAGCUAUGGGACUGGCUCGAGGCACAGACACAGGGAGUAUGA